GACAACUUCAGAGACUUCCUCCAGUUCGCCUUCCACAGUCACUUUAGAAAGCACUAGUUUUGCUCCAUCAUCCCCAGAACAAAGUACUGAAACAGCUGUAACAGGCACUGGUACAACAGAGAAGAAAGCAACAACUCCUGAGACUUCUGAGACAAUGACAUCCGCACACCCUGAAUCACCAACUACUUCUAUUAUAACAAUGGCACAAACAGGAACAACACAAUCUACAGAGUCUGUCCCACCAGUCACCACCAAUGAAAUUACUCUAACUACCAACAUGGACCAUUCCACAACAACUGUUUUUGAGACAACUUCAGAGACUUCCUACAGUUCGCCUUCCACAGUCACGUUAGAAAGCACUAGUUUUGCUCCAACAUCCCCAGAACAAAGUACUGAAACAGCUGUAACAGGCACUGGUACAACAGAGAAGAAAGCAACAACUCCUGAGACUUCUGAGACAAUGACAUCCGCACACCCUGAAUCACCAACUACUUCUAUUACAACAAUGGCACAAACAGGAACAACACAAUCUACAGAGUCUGUCCCACCAGUCACCACCAAUGAAAUUACUCUAACUACCAACAUUGACCAUUCCACAACAACUUCAGAGACUUCCUCCAGUUCGCCUUCCACAGUCACUUUAGAAAGCACUAGUUUUGCUCCAUCAUCCCCAGAACAAAGUACUGAAACAGCUGUAACAGGCACUGGUACAACAGAGAAGAAAGCAACAACUCUUGAGACUUCUGAGACAAUGACAUCCGCAUACCCUGAAUCACCAACUACUUCUAUUACAACAAUGGCACAAACAGGAACAACACAAUCUACAGAGUCGGUCCCACCAGUCACCACCAAUGAAAUUACUCUAACUACCAACAUGGACCAUUCCACAACAACUGUUUUUGAGACAACUUCAGAGACUUCCUCCAGUUCGCCUUCCACAGUCACUUUAGAAAGCACUAGUUUUGCUCCAUCAUCUCCAGAACAAAGUACUGAAACAGCUGUAACAGGCACUAGUACAACAGAGAACAAAGCAACAACUCCUGAGACUUCUGAGACAAUGACAUCCGCACACCCUGAAUCACCAACUACUUCUAUUACAACAAUGGCACAAACAGGAACAACACAAUCUACAGAGUCUGUCCCACCAGUCACCAGCAAUCAAAUUACUCUAACUACCAACAUUGACCAUUCCAAAACAAUUUCUGUGACUUCCUCCAGUUCGCCUUCCACAGUCACUUCAGAAAGCACUAGUUUUACUCCAACAUCCCCAGAACAAAAUACUGAAACAGCUGUAACAGGCACUGGUACAACAGAGAACAAAGCAACAACUCCUGAGACUUCUGAGACAAUGACAUCCGCACACCCUGAAUCACCAACUACUUCUAUUACAACAAUGGCACAAACAGGAACAACACAAUCUACAGAGUCUGUCCCACCAGUCACCACCAAUGAAAUUAUUCUAACUACCAACAUGGACCAUUCCACAACAAUUUCUGUGACUUCCUCCAGUUCGCCUUCCACAGUUACUUCAGAAGCCAGUAGUUUUACUCCAACAUCCACUGAACAAAGUACUCAAACUUUUUUAACAGGCUCUAGUACAACAGAGAACAAAGGAACAACUACCCAGGCGUCUGAGAUAAUGACAUCUGCACUUCCUGACUCACAAGCUACAGUUGUACAGCCCAACUCAAGUCCUACAGUUCCCAGCCAUACAUCCUCUUCUUUCUCCUCCUCAACCACAUCUGUGACCUAUUUAACUGAUAUAUCCACCAGUGAAACAACAACAAUUGUAGGCCCAGUCACCAGUCGUACAUCGUCAGCAACAGUUAGUUUUUCUUCAUCAAUUACUCUCCCCACUUCAAAUUUGACACCCUCUUUGACAACAAUAGUGUGCCAAGAUGAUGCCUAUGGAGACUCAUGUUCUUAUGGAGAAAACAACACUGUCCCAAUCAUUGAUACUGCACCCGUCCGUAAAGUAAACAUUACUUUCAAAUUCAACGUCACUUUUAUCCAGGCUUUUCUUAAUUUAAGUUCACCUGAAUCACAGACAUUCAUCAACAAAUUAGAAGCACAGCUCAGAAGCCUGUGUAGAGAAGCAGACCCCCAGGCCUAUAAAACAGUUAAAGUCAUCAAAUUAAGUCAAGGAAGUGUUGUUGCAAAGAGCGUGGCGGAGUAUCAGUAUCAAAACAAUGAAACUCAAAUCGAGUUUAUUAACACUAAUCUUAGUGUGGUUUUGAGGAAUAUCCUACAAAAUGAAAAUAAUAUCAACAAAAUUUCUUUGGCCUUUGGUAAUCAAAGUGUGCAGUUAAAUGAUCUCAGCUUUGAGGCACCUGCAAUUACUAAUAUCACAGAGUUGGGGUCUUAUAUUAACUGCUCUCGGUUUGCUAAUUACACUGCUGAGAUUAUUAAUGGUCAAUGGCAGUGUGUUGGACCAUGCAAAAAAAACCCUGAUUACUGCAAUGGACACGGACAAUGUUUAAAUGACAUUUACACAGGCGCAGUCUGCAGGUGCUACGAAACCAGCCUGGAGCAGUUUUAUGGUCCACAAUGUGACCUUUUCCGCCGAGGUCCAGGUUUCUAUGGAGCACUGUUUGGCUCACUCGCAGUAGCGCUCCUGCUCUUGAUUAUAAUUGUCAUCGCUGUCAUUGUCAAAAGGAGAAAUAUGUAUACUUGGAAAAGGAGCAACUCUCAGAGGAGAAGAUUGUCUUUUCUUGAGGAAGAUUUCUUUGACUUCACUGAUACGGGAAUCCCCAACUUGGGACUGGCAGGCACUUAUAGAGCAGAAAACAUUUAGAAAUUGAUAUAUUCACUAUGUUAUAUAAAAUUAAGCAAUUAGUUACUGUUUUAAUCGCUAAUAAUCUUGCUUAAAGAUCAGUAAGAACAAUCAUCUUUUAAUUUUAAAACAUUUUGAAGUUGUUGUGAUAUUUAUCAUUUAUUUAUAAGAACUUAAAUUUAAUGUAUAUGUUUUUCACGUAUAUUUUCAUGUCAUGGGAGUGCAAAAUGCACCACCACACACACAUAUCAUGAAGCACCAUUUCUCUUUUUAUCCUGUCUUGACAUAUCUUUCUCAGCACUGUUCAAAUAAUAAAAAUAAUAAUAAAUCUCUUUUAACCUGAA